AUGAAGUCGAAAGCGGGCCAGCAGAAGCGGUUCAUGAAGUUCAUCACGGUCCCGGUCCGGGCCCUGAGCAGGGCCCGGGAUUUCUACGUCCGGAGCCUGUCGGACUACGCGGACAAGAUGAACUACGGCAACAAUGCCAUGGCGAUUCCGGUGACGUCGCAGGUCACGUCGCUGCCGAGGAGCUUCACCGUCACCUCGGGCCGACACGAGCCCGAGCCCGAACUGGUUCGGGCCGCGUCGGCCCGGAGCGUGGGUGAGCGGACCGAGGUAGAUUCGUUCAUCAAGCAGCAGAUGGGGGCCGGAGCCGGGCCAGGGCCCGGCCCGAAGGGGAUGCCGCCGAGGAGCGGGAGCGUGGCGAUGGGGAGGAUCGAUGAAGAUAGGGAGUCUGUGUAUUUUGGUGAUAAUAAUGUUAGUAGUACUAUGUUUCCAAGGAGUAGAAGCCAUGCUGUCUCUUCAAGAAGAUUGCCAGCCUUUUGA